UACAGAGAGCAGUACGUUUGUAAGGAGCUCCGGCGAAGGGUGUGAGGCGGGGGCCCGGACACCGUUGUAGCGACUCCAGGCGAAUUACCUGCUUCAGGUAUUGAAAAAUGGAGGCAAAUCCAUCUAAGCCUAAAGUUCCACCAUUCCUUUCCAACCUGGGAAAAGCCACUCUCAGAGGAAUCCGGAAAUGCCCACAUUGUGGUACCUACAAUGGCACCAGAGGCUUAAGCUGCAAGAACAAGAGCUGUGGUACGGUGUUCCGCUUUGGGAAACAGCCAAGCAAAGAUGCAGUGAAGUUGAUUACAGGGUCUGACGUGCAGAUAUUUUCAGUUAGACAGAGAGAUAAAGGAAGCGACCAAAGGUGUCUUGUGAUGAUGGGCCUCUCGGAAACUACCAUCCAAACUGCAGAAGGGACUAUUAUUACCCAGAUCAGCUCAGGACGCUGCUUUGCACCAUCUUGCUUAAAAGCCGCUGCCCGUGGAGUAGUAGAUGCACAAUGUCAGCACAUUAAAUUGACAAUGAACUGCCAAACUGAAGCAGAGCCACUGCCGCUAAAAAGCACGAUACUGAAUGCCAUGCAGAUCCCGUCUAAGACUAGGCAAAGUAUUUGGCAACUGGCAAAUGAGCCAGCAGGACCACUGGUCCAGAGGGUGACCAAGACUAUCCUAGUGGUUCGGUGCAAAGCUAACCAGCAGCAUGGCUUGGGGUAUGUCCAUGUAUCCUUCACACAGAGGCCUAGCCCACUGAAUGAGAGCGGCCACGUAUUUACAUGUUCCUGUCAGCCUCCAAAAUCAUCUAAAGGAGCACAGCCAAAAUGUGAAACCAAGGAGAAGUGUAUUCAUUAUUAUGCCUGCCUGGGAGCAUUUGCCAGUGAUGAUGCCCUAGCUGAGGAGUUCACAGAAUAUUUAUGCCUCUUGUCUGGUACUGUCAAAGAAAUAACCGUCUUGGCUACAAAUUGCAAAAUGGAAACAGAGGUACAGGUGCAGGAACAGCCACCAACUGUAUUUAAACCCAAGAAACGAAGAAAGGAUGAGGGAAUCUGCACGAAUUCAACUGUUCCAGAUUCUGCUAUCAACAUACUAAGGAAAACCGCUUCUAAAAAACUUACAAACACGCCAACUAUGAAGAGGCAAGGUUGUGGUCAGCUAAUGGAUGAGUCUCAGGUAUCCUUGUCCUUCCAGGAGUGGCUGGCGAGUGUGACAGAGCGGAUUCAUCAGACCAUGCACUACCAGUUUGACGGUAAACCAGAGCCCCUGGUUUUCCACAUUCCCCAGUCUUUCUUUGAUGCUCUUCAGCAGAGGCUUUCUAUGGGAAGCACAAGGAAACGGCUUCCAAACAGUACAACAGCAUUUGUACGUAAAGACGCCCUUCCUCUAGGAACCUUCACCAAGUAUACAUGGCUCAUAACAAACAUCUUACAUGUGAAACAGAUAUUUGAUACACCUGAGAUGCCUCUGGAAAUUACUCGAAGUUUUGUCCAGAACAGAGAUGGAACAUAUGAGCUUUUUAAAUGUCCUAAGGUGGAGGUUGAAAGCAUUGCCGAAACUUAUGGUCGAAUAGAGAAACAGCCCAUACGGCCCUUGGAACUUAAAACGUUUAUGAAAGUUGGUAACACCUCACCAGACCAGAAGGAACCAAUUGCUUUCACUAUUGAGUGGAUCCCUGACAUCCUUCCUUUGUCCAAAAUUGGAGAGCUGAGAAUCAAAUUUGAAUAUGGACACCAUCGAAAUGGCCCUUCAGGACUUUCAGGAGACUUUCAGGAGCCUGUACCCCACAUGGAGCACACUCUAGAAAUUACCCCUCUUACCACUAUCACAUUUGACUGAUGCUGCCAACUGCAUUUCACUGACUUAUCGGGAUCUAAUGCUAUAGCCAUUGUGGUCUGCUGAGCCAAAUGCAGACGAAACUCUUUCACUGCCCAGGGGAUCAUCAUACAUUUCUGAACAUGUCUCAUAUUGUGUGGAUAUCUUGUUUAUUACAUUGCUGCUGUGUCUAACGGUCUCAUGCUCAAACCAAGCUACUCUCUCCUAGAAUUAACUUUUUGGUUUGCAAUAUGGUUGGUUUAAUUAUGACUUUAUGAACUUGAGGAAACCCCCUAUGAAUUGGGUAGGAGUCUGGUUUCUAGGUAUUUCUGAAAGAUAAUAAUGGUUUUACUAUUUAUUCACAGUUCUUGCAUGAAAGGCAUCUAAAGACUGUCAUCAAUAUCUUUGAACACAUCUAGUCGUUUUUUUUUGUUUUACAAAUAAGACUGUUUCUCUUAAGAAUAGAACAGCAACUUUAUUUUCAAAGUUUGCUCUUUAAAAAAAAAAAUGUAAAAAAAGAAAGAAAACAAAAUAGAUUUUUAGGACUCUAACAAACUGAGCAUAAAAAGACCACUUUCAUUGUGGCACUCUAGUGAUCACAGCCCAUAUGCCAGAGUUUUUCCUCAGUUAUUCAACAGAAUAUUAAUUUCCCACAAAGAGAAGUCUUAAGAGUCAAAUACUGAAUGCAUUCCCAAAUGCUACCAUACUGGUUUAAAACUGAAAGCUCUAGGGAAACUAUGGGGUAAAAAUGACCACCCUUUUAUAAUGCAUUAUACAGAUAAUGUAUUAAAAAUGCAAGAAGCACUGUUUUGUGGGUCAGUCCUACAACGGCAAGCUGACAUUCCUCGACAGAGAGAGACUCUUAUUACGUAGACUUCAGCACGGCACAGGUUUAUGGGAUGAGUGGUCUGUCCUCUAGGAUUAGUGAAACUGCUGUGUAAACUCAUAGAAGCCAUCAAGUGGUUGCUAUUAGGUUUGCAGUUCUGAACCACUGUUCACGGCUUGACUCUCUCCUAGGAGGAAAGAGAGCUUGGUCCAGCUUGUCCAUGCAAAACAUGGAAAACAAAUAACACAGACAACUCCGAACUGAAAGCUCCAGUCUGAUUGCCAGCUCUGUGAGGUAAGGUUAGAGCUGCAGGGAAUUUAACAAAGUCCUUGGAGUUAGCUUAGGGUCCUCUGUGCAGCAUUAGAUUUACAACUGUUUGUUGUUGUGGUACUUAGUGACCCUUUAUUCAAACCUCAUUGAAAUAACAGCAAAAAAUACCCAGUCAGCAGAAACACAAUCACAGCUGUAAUGGUAGUAAUAGUUCUAUAGCCCCACAUUGACUUUUGUUAAAGGAAGU